CCUCCCGGUCCCCGCAGCCUCCACCCGGCAUAGCCAUGGCCGAGGGCCAGAAACGAGGGGGCUUCAAGAAAUUCAAGUUUUUCAAGUUCAAAGGCUUCGGCAGCCUGAGCAGCAUCCCCCGCUCCUUCACCCUGCGGCGCGGGGCCGUGGCCCCCAGCUCUUCCGAGUCAGGGGAAGGGGGUCUGCCUCCCCACGGCUUCCUGGAGGAGCCCUUCAGCAGCACCCAGGAUGACCUCAACACCAUGCCCAAGAGCCCCGGCCCCUACGCCCGGUCGUCAGACAUGUACAGCCACAUGGGCACCAUGCCCAGGCAGAACCCGGGCAAGGUGGGGAAGAGCCCAGGCAAAGCCAGGAGUACCCAGAGCUGCCGGGAGAAAGGGAGCCCCAGGGACAAGAUGCCCAGCACAACCCCAAUGAGCGUCCCCGAGUCCCCCAAGACUCCUGGCACCCCAGACGCUGGCGCAGACCCGUUCUCAGCCUCUGGGAAAGCAGAGCAGGAGGAGGGAGAGGCUCUGCCCUCGGGCACCCCGACGGCACCGAUGGCCGGGGUGGACCAGGAGCCCGCAGGGAACAUCUCCUGCCCCAGGACGGAGGCACCGAGCCCCAGACCAGCCCCCAGCCCUGCACCAGGAACGGAGACCACCACCAGGGAUCUGCUGGGAAAGGGGCAAGAGCGCCCCAGCGAGAGCUCCCCAGACAGCCACCACAAUGGCCUGGAGUCCGGCAGUGAAUACGUGAAGUUCUCCAAGGAGAAAUACAUCCUCGACUCGUCACCGGAGAAGCUUCACAAGGAGCUGGAAGAGGAGCUGAAGUUGAGCAGCACCGACCUGCGCAGCCACGCCUGGUACCACGGCCGCAUCCCCCGGGAGGUCUCGGAGAGCCUCGUGCAGAGGAACGGCGACUUCCUCAUCCGCGACUCGCUCACCAGCCUGGGCGACUACGUGCUGACGUGCCGCUGGCGCAACGAGCCCCUGCACUUCAAGAUCAACAAGGCGACGGUGAAGUCCAGCGACGGCCACACCCGCGUCCAGUACCUCUUCGAGCAGGAGAGCUUCGACAACGUGCCCGCCCUCGUCCGCUUCUACGUGGGCAACCGCAAGGCCAUCUCCGAGCAGAGCGGUGCCAUCGUCUACUGCCCCAUCAACCGCACCUUCCCCCUGCGCUACCUGGAAGCCAGCUAUGGGCUCGCCAACGGGAAGCACGGGGCGCCCCACAGCCCAGCCGCCCAGAAAGGGGGGCACAUCAAGAGGAGGAGCAUCACCAUGACGGACGGCCUGACGGCCGACAAGAUCACCAGGGCCGAGGGGUGCCCCACCAGCGUGUCCCUGCCGCACCACAGGGACAUCAUCCGCAACUGCGCCGUCAGCGUGGACCAGAUCCAGGACCUGCACGCCCCGAUGUCCCCCAUCUCAGAGAACCCCACGUCGCCCGCCUACAGCACGGUUACACGGCUAAAGCCACACACCUGCCAAGCGGCCGGGAUCACCCCGGCCUCCCCGGUCAUCAGAAGGUCCAGCGAGCCCCAGCUGUGCCCGGGGAGCAACAGCAAACCUCUCCCGGACCCUGCCCACAGCACCCACUCCACUCCCUGCCACGGCUACGCUCGUGCCUCCCCCUCUCCCUCCGUGAACAGCUACAGCGACCCGGACGCGGGGCACUACUGCCAGCUGCACCCCACCUCGCCCGUCGGCAGGGAGCGGCCGGCUCAUGACACCAAGCCAGCAAAGAGCUACGUGGAGAGGCUAAAGGUGGAGGAAGGACAGAGAGGGACUGUGGAGAACGGCUCCGGGGAGGCAGAGGCAGGGCAGAGGCUGAAAGGAGAGCGGGACUUCGUGGGCUUUGUGCCCCCCACCAUGGAGAUGAGCUCCUCCUUCAACCCUGCCGCCUUCCAGUCCCUGCUCAUCCCCCUGGAGAACAAGCCCCUGGAGAUGGCCGUGCUCAAGAAGGUCAAGGAGCUGCUGGCGGAGGUGGACGCGAAGACGCUCGCCAAACACAUCACCAAAGUGGACUGCGUGGUCGCUCGGAUACUGGGCGUAACUGCAGAGACGCAGCGGCUCAUGGGGGUGAGCUCUGGCAUGGAGCUGCUCACCCUGCCCCACGGCCACCAGCUCCGGCUCGACCUGCUGGAACGGUUCCACACCAUGUCCAUCAUGAUCGCCGUGGACAUCCUGGGCUGCACGGGCAGCACGGAGGAGCGGGCGGCCCUGCUGCACAAAACCAUCCAGCUGGCGGCCGAGCUGAAGAGCACCAUGGGGAACAUGUUCAGCUUCGCGGCUGUGAUGAACGCCCUGGAAAUGACACAGAUCGCGCGGCUGGAGCAGACCUGGAUGGUGCUGCGGCAGCGGCACACGGAGGGCGCGAUCCUCUACGAAAAGAAGCUGAAGCCGUUCCUGAAGAGCCUGAACGAGGGGAAAGAAGGCCCGCCGCUGACCAACACCACCUUUCCCCACGUCAUGCCCCUGGUGACCCUCCUGGAGCGGGACGACGCUCUGGUGGACAACCCCGAGCCCUGGGAGACCACGGACAACGGCGUGGAGGUGGUCAUGGCCCACCUGGAGGCGGCGCGGAUGGUGGCCCACCACGGCGGGCUGUACCACACCAACGCCGAGGUGAAGCUGCAGGGUUUCCAGGGCCGAGCGGAGCUGCUGGAGGUCUUCAGCACCGAGUUCCAGCUGCGGCUGCUGUGGGGCAGCCGCGGGGCCGAGAGCAGCCAGGCCGAGCGCUACGAGAAGUUCGACAAAGUCCUCACCGCCCUGUCCCACAAGCUGGAGCCGGCGGUGCGCUUCAGCGAGCUGUAACCCGCGCUGUGCGCUGCGGAGCCCCUCCGCGGGGGGGGGGGGGGGGCGGAUUGGCAAUCUGGGGACAGAGAGGAGCCACCGCAGCCACAUCCCACCUGCCACCCACCUCUGGCCGGGGAUCCUGCAGCCAUUGCAGGGACGGGGCCAGCGCCCGGGCAGGCCAGCGCCCGUGACCGCGUGGUGCCCGUCACCUCGCCCUUCGGCUUCCUCUCCUUCCACCCCUCGAUCCCCCCGGUGCCCUGUGUAAAUACGUUUUCACGGCCGCGCCUCGCUGUACAGACGCGCGAGGGACGGCCGGUCCCUGCUGUACAUACUCGGUCCCGCCCUGUAAAUACGUGUACAUAGCUCGGGUCCUGCACACAAUAAACUUUUAUGCUCCC